CGGCAUCGACUGCUUUCCGUAGACAGAGAUGGCGGCAGCGUCAAGCAGUCCAGGUGGAGAUGGGUCUUUUUUAAGGGAAAAUGAAGACUGUGGCGGAGAAGGACAUUCGGGAACACCUCAGGAGUGUGCAUCGGCAAAAUGUCUGGACCAGAAACCCGUGUGUCUCAUCGUGCUCGGCAUGGCCGGGUCUGGGAAGACCACUUUUGUUCAGCGACUUACAGCCUUCCUCCACACCAAAAAGUCUCCUCCUUAUGUGAUAAAUCUUGACCCCGCUGUUCACGAGGUUCCUUUUCCAGCUAAUAUCGAUAUUCGUGACACUGUCAACUACAAAGAAGUCAUGAAGCAAUAUGGCUUGGGCCCUAAUGGUGGAAUAGUCACGUCUUUGAAUCUGUUUGCAACCAGAUUUGACCAGGUUAUGAAGUUCAUUGAGAAAAAACAGAAUAAUCACAAGUAUGUUCUGAUCGACACACCAGGGCAGAUUGAAGUGUUCACGUGGUCGGCUUCCGGAACCAUCAUCACGGAAGCUCUGGCCUCCUCCUUCCCCUGUGUUGUCGUGUAUGUGAUGGACACGUCCCGGAGCGUCAACCCCGUGACGUUCAUGUCCAACAUGCUGUAUGCCUGCAGCAUUCUGUACAAGACCAAGCUUCCCUUCAUUGUGGUUAUGAAUAAGACAGACAUAAUCGAUCACAGCUUUGCAGUGGAGUGGAUGCAAGACUUUGAAGCGUUUCAGGAUUCCCUGAACCAGGAGACAUCUUACGUCAGCAAUCUGACCCGCUCUAUGAGUUUGGUCCUGGAUGAGUUCUACAGCAAUCUACGGGUGGUUGGAGUAUCUGCUGUUACGGGCAGUGGGCUGGAUGAGAUGUUUGUGCAGGUGUCAGAGGCUGCGAAAGAGUACGAAACGGAAUAUCGGCCAGAAUACGAAAGACUUCACAGAGAGUUGAUCGAAGCCCAGAACAAAAAACAGCAUGAACAGCUAGAACGACUAAGAAAGGAUAUGGGAGCUGUUCCCAUGGAAACCUGCACUGCAACAGAAGCUUCAGAGCAGAGUGGGCCCAGUGACCUCAUCUUCACCCGGGGGAAUGUGGAUGACAAGGAUGAGGAGAUUGACAGUGACACUGAUGAUAUUGACCAUACAGCCACAGAUGAGAGCAAGGAGGCCACGGCCUUCAAGAAUUUCCUGCAGGAGCGGAGAGAUGUGGUCGACAUCCGCAACAAGAAGCUAUGACAUAUGCCAGCCGCACGCUGGAGAGCCUUUUCUCGUCUUUCAUGUUUUGCUCACAUUCUAACUGGUGUGAGGUUUGCCUGGUCACUGCAGCCAGCACUGGCGGUCAGUGUUUCCCAGCCCGGUCCUCAAGGAGCCCCCAGAGAGCCCACUGGGAGGAAGUGACAAUGUGGACUGUCUGGGGCCCCCAAGGACUGGGAAGUUAAACACUGCUGUAGGUAAAAACCAGUCGGAUAAACUGGUCGUCUGACUGCUGCUUCCCGCAUUUAUUUUUGUAUGUUUGUACAAAGCUCUUUCAGCGAGGGACAUUAAAGACAUCUUUUCAGUGAAUGGCAAAGGCAGUUUUUGCGCAUGAAUGAUUAUUUUUGAUUUUAUUAAAAUCUAUAAUGUAAAUUUUGAAUUUGAAAGUUUUACCGUUUUCUGUAAAUGUAAAUUAAAUCAACAUAGUUUUUCCUGAAGUAUAUCCUUCUCCAAAUCCCCUAAUAAAUUGUUUUGAUAUGCUUUUUACAAUUAUUGUUUCAUAAUUACCAGCAUAUAGAAGUUGAAAUAGAGUAUUUCGGAGAAGUUAUAUGUUCAAUGGAUUGUCAUGGCAAGUGAUGGCUUUACUGGAUGAAUGUACUAUCAGUGUUCCGCUGUGCCUGGAAAAAUCAGGUUCUAGCCAGUUUGAGCUGAAUAAAGGCGUGAGGAUGUCUAGCAGAGCCUGUGCUCGUGAA